AAGAAAAAAAAAAGAACCCGCGCCUCGAACUGUCGCGACGCGAGACAGCGAGUUUCUCUAUCGGACUCUAUCCUUCACCUCACCUCACUUCGUUCCGUCUAUAAUCUAUAGCUCCUAUAGCUACAGUACGUGCGCGCUAACUCGACUUCGCGUUACAAGCGCGGAUUUUAGCUCCUUGUAGCGAGCGCGCGGACGCGUUCACCUACCUAUCGGAAUUGCCUGUCUUCGUCGUCGUCGUUGUCGGCGGCGGCGAUGCUAUUCUCGCGAGCCUAAAACUUCGCGGACGAGCGAAAACGAACGUCACGACGGAUGACGCGCGGGUUAAAUAGAUACGCGGUAGUCCCGCGAUACGAGGACUCUCGCGAUAGGUAGAUGGGUCAGUCUCUAACCGUGAGAGAGAACACGAGAGGGAAGACGCGCCCGUCUCGUACGGCGCGCAUUAAUGGCGGAUGCCGACCCUUAUAUUUACCCGAGUCCCCAAAAUGGCCGCCCUUCGGAUUCUCGCACGCGGCAGCCUCGCGACGAUCCUCAAAUCCUCGUGCACGACGAGUAAUGUCGCGCCCGUAAUUUCUCAGAUUCAACAGAGAUGGAGCAGUUACAAAUCAUCCCCCACAUAUACUAAACCUUCAAAUUACACAAAUUAUGAAGUUACAAAAGAUCCAGAUGAAUGGAAGUAUGUAGAGCGUUUGCUCAGAUAUAAAAUUGUACCUAAACCACCCACUGGAGAUAUUGAACUACCAUCUGGUUAUAAACCUGCACGUGCAUCACCCACGGAUUAUCCCUAUUUCAUAGAACGUAAUAGAAAUUAUAUGCAGCCUGUGUAUCUGAAUAGAUCAAGCAAAGGAAUUAAAAAAACUACAAAGCUUUGUAAAAUUCAAGGAGAUAUAUGGGAAUUAGAUCGCGAUAUUAAAAAAUAUAUAGAAGAAUGUACAGGACAAGCACCUCCUAGUCAGAUACAUGAAUUUGCUGGUAUAAUUAAAUUUAAGGGUGACUGCGUUAAUCGCAUUAAAGAUUGGAUGAACAUAAAAGGAUUCUAAGAAUUACCAAAAAAUGAUAUUUCCAUAAUAAAUUAUAACAUAUGUAAAUACGUAAUAAAGUGAAACUUUGUUACAAAA